CCACUUCCGUCCAGAAUCCGAAGAUUUCGGUCUGUACCGGAAGUGCAUGGGCUGCCGAUGUGGUGUCUACUGUCUGCAGUUCCAGUAGUCGCCCUUGUUUCCGUGGUAUUUGCUUCGCACCAUGGCGCCCAAAGGCAAAGUGGGUACAAGAGGGAAAAAGCAGAUAUUUGAAGAGAACAAAGAAACUCUCAAGUUUUACCUCCGGAUCAUACUGGGAGCCAAUGCCAUUUACUGCCUUGUGACCUUGGUUUUCUUCUAUUCAUCUGCCUCAUUCUGGGCCUGGAUGGCCCUGGGCUUCAGUUUGGCAGUGUAUGGGGCCAGCUACCACUCUAUGAGCUCGAUGGCUCGGGCAUCCUUCUCUGAGGAUGGGGCCUUGAUGGAUGGUGGCAUGGACCUCAACAUGGAGCAGGGCAUGGCAGAGCACCUUAAGGAUGUGAUCCUACUGACAGCCAUUGUUCAGGUGCUCAGCUGCUUCUCCCUCUACAUCUGGUCCUUCUGGCUUCUGGCUCCAGGCCGGGCCCUUUACCUCUUGUGGGUAAACGUGCUGGGCCCCUGGUUCACAGCAGACGGUGGCGCCCCAGCACCAGAACUCAAUGAAAAACGACAACGCCGACAGGAGCGGCGGCAGAUGAAAAGGUUAUAGUGUCCUUACUGUGGCCAUAGGCUGCUGGGCGCUGGCUGGCUCUGUUAGGCUGGGUGGCCCCAUGCCUGGAGCAGUGAGGGGCCUAGUUUAAGGGCCAAAAGCAGCCUGAAUUAUUGGAUUACUGAAUAAAUAGUUUUGAAUGUGGCUAA